GCGGCGCGCUGCGGCUCCGGGCAUCAAUCAUGUCUGCUGCUGUGGCCGCUCGCAAGCGGGGGAAGCCGGGCUCCGGGGCCGGGUCUGGACCCGGGGCCGGGGCCGGCAAGCGGCGGAGGAAGGCUGACCCCGCGGGGGUGGCGAGGGACCGGCGCAAGGCCAAGGGCGGCGGCCGCAUGAACGAAGAGAUCUCCAGCGACUCGGAGACCGACAGCUUGGCUCCCAAGAGGACCCCGGAGGAGGAAGAGGAGGAGGAGUUGGAAGAGACCCCGCAGGAGAAGAAGCUGCGCUUGGCCAAACUCUACCUUGAACAGCUCAAGCAGCAGGAGGAGGAGAAGGCCGAGGCCCGGGAGUUUGAGGAGGACCAGGUGGCAGGGCGUCUGAAGGAGGACGUGCUUGAGCAGAGGGGAAGGCUGCAGAAGUGCGUGGCGCGGGAGAUCGAGCCCCCAGAUCCUGCCAGCAUUCGCGUGUUACGAGGCCACCAGCUCCCCAUUACCUGCUUGGUCAUCACCCCCGACGACUCCGCCAUUUUCUCUGCUGCCAAAGACUGCACCAUCAUUAAGUGGAGCGUGGAGAGUGGACGGAAGCUGCACGUGAUCCCUCGAGCCCAGAAGGGCGCAGAGGGGCAGCCUCCCGGGCACAAAAGCCACGUCCUGUGCUUGGCCAUCUCCUCCGAUGGCAAGUACCUGGCAUCCGGGGACCGCAGCAAACUCAUCCUCAUUUGGGAGGCGCAGAGCUGUCGCCACCUGUACACGUUCACGGGGCACCGGGACGCCGUGUCCGGGCUGGCCUUCCGCAGGGGCACCCACCAGCUCUACAGCACGUCCCACGACCGCUCGGUGAAGGUGUGGAACGUGGCCGAGAACUCCUACGUGGAGACGCUCUUCGGGCACCAGGACGCCGUGGCCGCGCUGGACGCCCUGAGCCGGGAUUGCUGCGUGACGGCCGGCGGCCGGGACGGCACGGUGCGCGUGUGGAAGAUCCCCGAGGAGUCGCAGCUCGUCUUCUACGGCCACCAGGGCUCCAUCGACUGCGUGCAUCUGAUCAACGAGGAGCACAUGGUGUCGGGCGCGGAUGACGGCUCUGUGGCACUGUGGGGCCUCUCCAAGAAGCGGCCGCUCGCCCUGCAGCGGGAGGCCCACGGGCUGCGUGGGGAGCCCGGCCUGGAGCAGCCCUUCUGGGUGUCUUCAGUGACUGCGCUCCUCAACACGGACCUGGUGGCCACAGGCUCCCACGACUCCCGUGUGCGGCUCUGGCAGUGCGCUGAAGGCUUCCGGCGGCUCGACCUCGUGUGUGACAUCCCGCUGGUCGGCUUUAUCAACAGCCUCAAGUUCUCCAGCUCCGGGGACUUCUUAGUGGCUGGAGUGGGCCAGGAGCACAGGCUCGGCCGAUGGUGGCGAAUCAAAGAAGCCCGGAACUCAGUGUGCAUCAUCCCUCUGCGUAGGGCCCCCGCCCCCCCCGCGCCCCCCGCCGCCGGCUCCUGACGCCCUGCGCCCCCUUAGUUCAGCCCAGGCCCCGCCCCACCGUUUGUAUUAAAAGCCUCCCAUUUUGA